GCCUACGUUUGGAGCAUCAGUACAUGCAACGGUGCAUCUCAGUUGGAGUCGAUCCAAGUCGAUGCAAUUGAUGUAAAUUUAGUCAACGACAGAGAUAUACGCACGUCGUCGGAGAUACGUGUGCCAACGAUUUGCGAAUAUGGAAUUAUCGACCUUCUUUCUGCUCUUAUCAUUAAGCCUCUGCAAUGGAGCUAAAAUACUUGGAUUUUUCCCGGUACCAUCGUACAGCCACUACAUUCUGGGUCAUUCCCUGCUUGCAGGUUUGGCCGAGAAAGGACACGAAGUCACGAUGGUAAGUACCUUCAACAACACAGCAAUUCCCAACUACAGGAACAUCGUAUUAGACGGAAUAAUAGAACAACUAACCGAAAUGCGCAAAGAAGCGGUGGGAAAAGACGCAAAAGUCGGCACAAACGAAUUGCAGAAGAUGUCUCCUUUCGUUAUGUUCACCUGGAUAAACACGAUGAAUCUUUAUAUCAGCGAAAUUAUUAUAAAACAUAGUAAAAUCCGGUCGUUGAUGAAAGAACAAUUCGACGUGGUCAUCGUGGAGCAGUUCUUCAAUGAUGACCUUAAAGUCUAUUGUCAUCAUUUCAAAGCCCAUUGCAUCGCAUUUACAACAAUUGGCGCUAGUCAAAUAAGCAACUACAUAGUUUCCAAUCCAUCACCGCCUUCUUAUAUACCGGAUUUAUUCUUAAACUAUUCAGAAGACAUGGAUUUAUUUGAAAGGACGUACAAUGCAUUCUUCCAAAUCUUCACAUACGCAGCAAAGCAAUUAUAUGUCCUGCCGAAGCAAGAAGCGAUUAUCAAGAAACAUUUCCCUGAAACGCCCGACAUCCAUCAGCUAAUUAACAACGUAGAUUUGGUCUUCAUGAAUUCGCAUUCGUGUAUCAAUCAGGCCGUUCCGCACAUGCCUCAGAUGAUCCAAGUGGGAGGAAUACACGUUAAAGCCUCGAAAAAGCUACCGGACGAUAUCCAAAAAUUCUUGGACGAAGCUAAACACGGAGCAGUAUUUUUCAGUUUUGGAUCGAACAUUCAAAGCAAGGAUUUACCACCUGAAAAACUAGCCGGUAUUAUGAAAGCCUUAUCCAAAUUGAAGCAACGCGUACUUUGGAAAUUCGAAGAGGAGAAUUUACCAGGCAAACCCAACAACGUUAUGAUUGGAAAGUGGAUGCCUCAGCAAGAAAUUUUGAAUCAUCCAAAUGUUGAAUUGUUCUUAACACACGGAGGUCUUUUGAGCACCAUCGAGGCCAUUUACUUCGGAGUUCCGUUAAUAGGAGUACCGUUCAUGGGGGAUCAAAGAUCUAAUAUGGAGAGGAACGUGAAGAACGGAAUCGCCUUGCAAAUUGCUUUCGAGGAUUUAAACGAACGGACUUUGACCGAAGCGUUCAAUACUAUUAUCGGAGGAACGAAAAUUAAAGAAGCUGUGAAAAAAAGGUCGGCUUUGAUGAAGGAUAGACCUAUGCAACCUCUCGAUGAAGCUGUUUAUUGGGUGGAAUAUCUUCUAAGGAACAAUGGAGCGAAGCAUUUGAAAAAUACUGCCUACUUUAUACCAUUUUACAAAUACUUCUUUUUAGAUGUUGCUGCUAUUAUACUUGCAUUUACAAUUAUUCCUAUUUUUUUAAUUUGUAAAUUGAUCAAUUGCUUCACAAGUGGAAAAUGUAUAAAAAAGAUGGUUUCUUAUUGUUGCGUCCAAGGAUGUAAUAUUAAAGGCGGAGAUGGUAUUCCGGUUGAUUCUCCAUUGUUCGAACAAUGGAAAGUUGCUACGAGGAAUGAUUCGUUGAAAAAUGUAGAUAAUCAUGUUAUAAGGAAAUCAAGGAUGGUUUGCAAUCUUCAUUUCGCUGAAAAGUACAAAAGAAAACCUAUUUUUUAUCUUUACGAUUUUCCGAUGUUGACGGAAUAUAUGUUUGAAGUAGUAGAGGUUGAACAAAUUGAUAUUGUUGAUGAUAGUAACAGCAUUAUUGGUGAUAAUUUUCAUAAUUUGGAUCACUCCUAUUGUAAACCAUAUGAAGUUGAGUCUGAAGAAAUAAGAACUGUUGAUAGUGAUAGAGCAGUCAAUAUCAAUCUCAUUAAUUUAGAUCACUCUUAUUGUAAACCAGUAGUGGUUGUAUCUGAAGAGAUUAUUGUUGACAGUGAUACAGCUAUUGAUAACAAUCUUAUUAAUUUAGAUGACUCUUAUUGUGGACCAGUAGAUGUUGUAUAUGAAGAGAUUGUUGUUGACACUGAUGGAACUAUAUAA